GUGUUUUCGUCGGUGAGCGCUGAGCACGCAGAAGGACAGCGAUGUGUAUAGCUUUGCAAACAUUUCAAGUUGACGAUGGAGCCUUUUAAACCGCUUGCGCUGGUUCUUUGGAUUUUAAUGCUGGAAAGGAGGCGAUACGGCAGCGCUGAAGAAGUUCUUUUGCUGAAUUCAAAAGAGUCACAGGCAGAGCUGGGCUGGACCUCUCACCCAUCAAAUGGAUGGGAAGAGAUCAGUGGAGUGGAUGAAAAUUACAAGCCCAUUCGGACAUACCAAGUCUGCAACGUCAUGGAGCCCAACCAGAAUAACUGGCUGCAGACGGGCUGGAUUGCUCGGCUGAAUGGCCAGCGCAUCUUUAUUGAGCUCAAGUUCACACUGAGGGAUUGUAACAGCAUUCCAGGAGUGGUGGGGACAUGCAAAGAGACGUUUAACCUGCACUACGUUGAGUCAGACACGGACUUGGGUCGGAGCAUCAGAGAAAGCAAGUACAUCAAAAUCGAUACCAUCGCCGCUGACGAGAGCUUCACUCAAGGCGAUCUGGGGGAGCGGAAGAUGAAGCUCAACACCGAAGUCCGAGAAAUCGGACACCUCAACAGGAGGGGAUUUCAUCUGGGGUUCCAAGACGUGGGGGCCUGCGUGGCUCUUGUGUCCGUGAGGGUCUAUUACAAGAAAUGUCUUUCCACAGUGCAGAACCUGGCCAUAUUUCCUGAUACCAUUGCAGAGGCAGCCUUCUCUACCCUGGUGGAAGUCAGGGGGACCUGUGUCAAUAACUCGGAGGUGGACAUGGAUAACCCACCUAGAAUGCAUUGCAGUGCAGAGGGGGAGUGGCUUGUUCCCAUUGGGAAGUGUAGCUGCAGCGCCGGCUACGAGGAAGGACACAGCAGCUGUGAAGCUUGUCCAGCUGGAUCGUAUAAGAUGUCUUCUCGACAACAGGAAUGUUUCCCCUGCCCUAAACACAGCUUCUCUGUGGUGGAAGGGUCUGUUCUUUGUGUCUGUGAGGAAGAUUACUACAGAACUUCACUGGACUCCCCAUCAUCAGCAUGUACCAGGCCUCCAUCUGCUCCCACCGGCCUGGUGUACAGCAUGAAGCAGUCGACACUCAUUAUAGAGUGGAGCCCUCCUGAAGACUCUGGAGGGAGAACGGAUGUCACCUACAACAUCAUGUGCAGUAGGUGCUCCAGCCCCCUGAGGCAGUGUGAGCCCUGUGGCAGCAGUGUUGGAUUUGUGCCUCAGCAGAUGGGAUUGGUUGAAAGGACCGUUACAGUCAUUAAUCUUUUACCACAUACAAACUACACAUUUUGCGUGGAAGCCCUGAAUGGAGUUUCAGACUUUGUGCCCACGAAGAGGCUCUACUCUGAAGUGAACGUCUCCACAAGCAUAUCAGCCCCUUCCCUCAUCAGCGACAUCCGCACCGACAAAAUCGAACAAAAGAGUAUCACGCUUGUGUGGAGAGAGCCCAGCUAUUCCAGCAACAACAAAACUGAAUAUGAAAUUAAAUAUUAUGAAAAGGACCAGAAGGAUCAGAGUUACUCUACAGUUAAAACGGCUUCCACAACUACAACCAUCAAUAACCUGAAGCCUGGGACAGCUUAUGUUUUCCACAUCCGAACCUUCUCCUCCACGGAUUAUGGAGCCUACAGUCCUGCCAUAGAAGUGGAAACUCUUGGAGAACUGGCUCUGGCCUCCAGUGAACAGAACCCUGUAGUCAUCAUUGUGGUGGUGUCUGUAGCUGCGCUUAUCAUGCUGCUGUCCAUGGGCGUUGGUCUGAUGAUCUGGAGAAGCAGUAUCUGCAGUCCUUCCAAUAUAGCUCCAACUAGCGUGGUCCUGCUCUCCACCUCCUUCUCACCACCUCCUUCUGCCUCCAUUCAGCCUCAGAGGCAAUGUGGUUACAGUAAGGCCAGUCAAGAUGGAGAUGAAGAACUGUAUUUUCAAUUUAAGAUUCCAACCAGACGAACAUACAUUGACCCUGAUACCUGUGAAGACCUGAUCCAGGCUGUCCAUGUCUUUGCGAAAGAACUGGACAACUCCAGCAUUAAAAUAGAGAGAAUCAUAAAUACAGGUGAAUUUGGAGAGGUGUGCAGGGGAUGCCUGAAGCUUCCUAGCAAGAGGGACCUUCCAGUGGUCAUAAAGACCCUGCGAGCUGGCUGCUCAGAGAAACAGAAGAGGGUCUUUCUGACAGAAGCCGGGAUCCUGGGGCAGUUUGACCAUCCCAACAUCAUACGCCUGGAAGGGGUGAUUACAAGAGGAAAUACCAUGAUGAUUGUGGUGGAGUGUAUGACAAAUGGAGUAUUGGACUCUUUUCUGAGGAAACACGAGGGCCAGUUCACUGUGAUCCAGCUGAUUGGGAUGCUGUGUGGAAUUGCUUCUGGAAUGAAGUAUCUCACUGAGAUGGGAUAUGUUCAUAAAAGUCUUGCAGCUCACAAGGUCCUAGUCAACAGCAACCUGGUGUGCAAAGUAUCAGGAUUCAGACCAUUACAGGAGGAGAAAAUAGAGUCUGUGUAUACAACGCUGCAUGGAGGAAAGAAUAUGGUUUUGUGGACGGCUCCAGAGGCCAUCCAAUACCACCGAUACAGCUCAGCCUCAGAUGUGUGGAGCUUUGGCAUCAUCAUGUGGGAAGUUAUGUCUUACGGAGAGAGACCUUACUGGGACAUGUCCAAUCAAGAUGUCAUUAAAGCUAUUGAGGAUGGUUUUCGUUUGCCUGCUCCUAUUAACUGCCCUACACCUCUCCAUCAGCUAAUGUUGGACUGCUGGCAGAAGGAUCGCAAUGAGAGACCCAAAUUCACACAAAUCCACAGUAUCCUCAACAAAACUGUGCGCAAUCCUGAUAGUGUAAAAACAUCCACACUUGCCCGUACAAGAACUCUCAGUACCUCCAUUCCUUUGACUGAGCGCACCUUCAGCUCCUUUCCCAGUUUCAGCUCUGUGGGAGAGUGGCUGGAGGCCUUUGAGAUGGGCAGAUACAAGGAUAACUUCACAGCAGCUGGCUACUGCUACCUGGAGUCAGUAGCACGGAUGACAGUCCAGGAUGUGAUGAGUUUGGGGAUUACAUCACUCGAUCACCAGAAGCAGAUCCUGACCGCUAUCCAGACACUGAGAGCACAGGUCAUACAGAUGCAUGGCCGCGGGGUACAGGUGUAGCCCUAAAGGACACACGCUUGAUGUACUUUUAAAGUUAAAGGAAGAAAGACUGCCAAGGGCCGCUGACAACAUGCAUUUUACAAAUGGAAGAGUCCAGCGGGAGGUCCUGUGGAAAGAAUCUGGGAGGAGUGGAUUCAGCUGAGCUUGCAGUGCUAGUCUAAUAGUCCCUUUGUAACAAGAGGUGCUGUUCUUCUUUGGCACAUGCCGGUUCUGCAUCGGUACAGAUAACAGGUUCUGUUUCCACCUCUGAAAAUGCUUUAAUGUGAUUCGAUUACUAUACUGUCUGUCAUACUGUGUCUGUGAUGACUUCCAGGACUAACCUAGGAACGUCAAAUUUUAACAGGGUCCUAAACUUUUGUCAAAAAAGCACUCACUGUGAGAGGCCCAGAGAGCAGAGAUCAUGAUCACUGUCCUGUACCUGAUCUGAAUAUCUGGAAAGAUGCAACACAUUUUAAGCAUGAGAAAAGGUGGAAAACUUUCUAGUGGAGUGAAAAGAGAGUAGUUAAUUAUUUGAUAUUUUUGUUUCUAUGUUACAGAAUUGCACAUACAUGUCUCUACAGACAUUUGAUGGCAAGAUUAAUGAUUGUUUAUUAAUUGUACCAUUCUCUGGGCCAUUUUUAAAUAUUUUUUUGGUACAUGUAGACCAGAAAAACACAGUAUUUCUUUAGUAUCCAUAUGCUAUUUGUUUUUGUGGCAUCUUGGAUAAAGGAAUACCAAACAUCAACAUAUGUAAGUGGAUUUUGUUCUCACUUACACUAUUUUUUUUCUUUUCCUAACUGAUUACAUACAAGCAUUACCUAAAUCAAAAGGGAUACUGCUGUGUCUGCACACAUAAUAAACACACUGUAGCUUCUGAAUUUGCAAGUUGGUGUUUUUAAAUGUCCUCCCAAUCCAUCACCAGUUCUGUCCCAAGAGACAGUUAACCGUUUGUGUAAACCACACAACCUGAUUUUGCAUUUAUAAGCCGAACAUAGCAAGAUGGAUAAUAAAGAUAAAAACUUCUGGCAGCCGUUACAGUAGAUAUGCACAGGCACUGAACCAGAUGUUUAUGUUUGGUCAUGAUGGUAAGUUUUUUAUGGUGUGAGUGUAGUUUUAUUAAAAUCUAAUUUCUUAGAAAAAAAGUGAAAAAAAAAACUUUAUAUUGACUGCAAGCUUUAUUUUUGCACUCAUUUAAGCCAACAGUCUCUACAUUAGCAUUUCAGAUUCUCUUGAAAGCUGAAACCGGAGUGAAGUUGUCUCCAUUUGGCUUUUUAUUUGCAAAUGCAAGCCCUUGCCACCAUGCAGUGCAAGUGUUAAUCAUGAAGGAUUUCACUUCCUGACAAAUGCCCAUGAUAAUGAGAAGGCUUGAGCACAAAAGGGUAAAAUUUGCAAACCAUUACUCAUGUGGGUCUAGAUGGAAGAAAUUGGCGAUAGAAGUAAUGAAGCAUUAAUUCUGGGUACAAUCCCACAGAAAUGCAAUAUGUAUCACGGAAAGGCUGGGAUGUGAUACUGUUUUGUUUUGUACUGAAAAUAUUUAUCUUUAAAACCCAAUAACGCUAAAAACAACCUCCAAGUUAAAAAUCAUAGUAUUCAUAGAAUUCAUUUUUAAUGACUUCCUUUAUAUCGAAGAAGCUGCAUAAAUAGUUGAUACCCUCCAGACGUGCACCUUAAUUCCACAUUUAAUCUACAGAAUUUUUUUAAUUCAAUAUACAAUUUAGAUAAGCUUACCUGUGCUAAAACGUUGCUGUAAACCUCUACAGUAAUUGUCAAUGCAGAAAACUGCUCCAGCUUGUUUUAAUAGAGCUAUUAAUCUGUCUUUUAGAGCCUCUGCAAAGCUGCGAGAGAAUCCAUUGGCUGAAAAAACAAGAUUCUAGAUCUACACAGUUUUAUAUUUGGCUAUAAUUAUUAGCUAAAGAGCCAGUCCAUGUGGAGAAAAAAACUUUGAGGGUGUAAUUUUACUUCAUAAGAAAUAACAACACCCAAGAACGAAAAUGUAUGGGAAAUGUUUAUUGAGUUUUUUAAUUAUUGGGUAUCGUAGACCAUUUCCCUGGCUGCAGGACAAGGAGGCAGGGAAGUUUAGAGUUAACACCAUUUAGAGUGAGGAGUUAACCAAGGGGCAGCUACACAGCUGGAGAUGGGUGGAGGAAUAUUAAUGCAAAGAAGAAAAUACUUACAUUUAGUAUCUUUAGUUUUGUUUGUUUAGAAAGUGGUGUUAGGAAUGCUUAACGUUUGUGGCGGCUGAGACAGUGACAGUAAACAUGGCUGCCAUCCAUUAGAUUGUAAACUCAAUUUGCAUUAGCUUAUUAGCUUUGCAUGGUUAGACUGUUAUUGCUUUAUUUAUUUAUUUUAUUUUAUUUUGGUCAGGUGUUUUUCUACAGAGAAAGUUCUGCAGAUAAACCCAAGAUCAUUACGGCAAUGUCGGCAGCAUUUUGGUGGAACUCAGGGCAACAGAUUCCACAAUUUCUUUUUCCAAUUUUGUUCUAAUAUAAUUUAAGAGCGGCACUUUUGAUUUAAAAAAAACAUGACUUGACAUUACGAUAAAGGUGCUUUGUGAUAGAGGUAAAAAUGAUUGUUGUCAUUUGAAGCUGAACAAAUUCAUGAAACAAUACCUUGAAAACCACCUUGUAAUUAAUGUCUUUGUUUUUAUUGUGAGCUAUAAAUAUGUUUUACACUGCCCUGCACUGAAAAAAUUGUACUGUAAGUGUCACAAAGGGUCCUGAUCCUAAGAUCCAUUGUGUUUAGUUUAUUAUCCCCAACCCAACAGUGACUGGAUCAACUGAAAUUAGAAUCAGCUUGGCUCAGAGAAGCUUUUUACAUUUUGCACAUAUGAGGCAUUUCAAUAAUUAAGGUAACAAGAUCUCUCAUAGUUAAAAAUGACAUUCCCAGCAGGUAUAGCAAUAUGUUCGACACAGUAUUACCAUCGUCUGCUUCACCAUGAGCCCACACAAGCAUGCCACCUGUUCAUCAUAAAGACAAGAAUCAGCUAAGGACGUCAUCAAACACAGUAGUUUGGAGAGAGAUUUGAUUUCUGGGCGCAGAACACCACUGGGAUUUAUUGCCAACCUAUGGAUGUGCAAAGACCUCAUAUCGUACCACAGAAACAGGUGUGAGGGCGAAAUGAUCAAUGAAAUUGAUAAAAGCAAGACAGAUGUUCAACAUGAACAGCUACAUGGGCAUCCAAGCACUUCCUCCACGAAUGAGAAUGUGUGCUACACUGAAACGUUAUCAACCACUCCAGUUCCAAUCACACUAUUUACAAGCACACUUGUAGCAUGGGAGUUCCUGUCACCUUAUUUAUGGAAACACCUUCAUAUUUACCCAUAGCAACUAUACAUUUUAUCUUUAAUGGUUUGCAAAUAUUGCAUAAGAAAUAAUACAGCAAUUGAUUUACUCGUGUUAAAAUUUCUUAUUUACACUGUGUAUACACUAGGGAUUCUUCUCCUGUACUUGAAAAAUGUUAAUUUUGUAUGCAUGUAUUACAAUGAUGUUUCACCACGUCAGCAAGUCUAAAUUAAUUGAAACCUACAGGUACAGUAAUCCUACAACCCUCAGCCAAACAUAGCUUGUAUACUAUUUGUAUGAGAGCAUGUUUAUAUUUAAGAUUGUUAGUCCAAAAUAAUGCCAAUAAUUAAAAAUAAGCUGAGUUCCCUGCUUUAGGUCUCCAUUAUGUAGGAUAAAUAUUUUGUAAAUGAAAGUUUCUGUUGUAACAAAAUCAUUUUUGAGCAUUUUUCUACAGACAAAGCUGGUUAAAUUUUCUAAGCCAUAUCCUUUAACAAGAGAAGAGUCUGGUAGUAUCUGGAAUAGUCUGACAGUAAUGUGUUGACCUUCCCUUUAUACCACUAAAGCAUUUUUAUUCAGUUUAGAAAACGUCUUCACUCACUUGCUGCUUAAUCUGGCUUUUUUAUAUAUGUCCAUGGUCAAAAUGUGAAAUAAUGUAAAUAUGUAUUUGAAAAUGCAAUCUAUUUUUAUAAGUUGUUUGAACAAGUGUAUUCAAAUAUCUUCCCACUGUGUAACAAUUUUAUUGUUUGGGUUAGGAAUAUACAGUAGUUGAGAGAGUUUCUGAGUGUUUUAGAAUAAAAAAGCAAGUUUUGUUAUUUUUUUGAUAAUUUAUACUUAUUAGAACUCAGU